UCUCUCUAUAUGAAUGCUUUCAAAUCUUCUUUGCGUCGGCAGUAAACAACAUCUUCCUCCACCUCCUGUCCUCCUGCAUCAUCCUCACUCCUCUCUCUGUCUCUGUUUGUCCCCAUUUUAUCAUCUUCUUCAUCCCCCCCACCCUCUCCUCCCUCUCCUGUCUUCAUCUUGCUCUUUUUUUUCCCGCCCUCCGGAGAGGAGGAUAUCCCACAGGUUGCCGCACUUACCGCCUGUCGUGUUGAAUGCUAAUGCAGCCGGCUGAUGCAGAGUGACUGAGGAGUAGAGAUGUUUUUUUUUGUUUGUUUAUUUUGUUUGAAAGGAUGAGGUCGGAGGUGGCGAGUAGUGAUGAGAAAGACGGAGAGAAAGCAGAAGAGCGUAGGACCUCCAGGCUUUUUUUUUUCUCCCCCUCCUCUUCUUCUUCUUCUUUUCAGGGGAGGGAGGGGAUGGAGUGACUGAGGGGAGGGAUGGAGGGAUGUGACGUGAGCAAGCGGGAGUAUGGAAACUGAUCAUUGCAGGCAGAGCAGUGUUGGUGCUCUCCCCCUCCUCCUCCUUUCUCCCCUCUCUCUCUCUCUCUCUCUCUCUCUCUCUCUCUCUCUCUCUCCCCCUCUCUCUCUCUCUCACCACUCCACAUCCCCAGCGAUGCUGCUCUGACCAGACACCGCCGGAGAAAAACAAACACCAUCCACAUACUCAUACACUGACAUGCAGCACUGAGGGCUGCUGCUGCUGCUGCUCCUUCGUCUUCUCUCUUUCAUCCACUCACGUUACAUCUAAUUACAACCCCCCCCUCCUCCUCCUCUUCUCCUCUUCUCCUCCUCUUUGCCUUGCAGUUGACAGGAGCACCCAGAGGGAGGAUACAGCAGGAAUGUGACUGUGAGGAGCUUCAUCUGAAAACAUCUGCCUGGAGGACUCUCCAUCUCCAUCUCCAUCUCCAUCCACUCUCUUUGGUUGGUUGAGCUCUGCAGCAGCGUGGGACGCCCGGCUGUGUGUGUCGCUGCCCGGGGAAUGCUUCGUGGACAGAGAGACCAGGUCUGAACACGAUGAGCAGCCAGGACAAAUGGGUCACGCUGACCCCGGCUGAAUUCGCCCUGCUACAAGAAUACACUCAGUACUCCACCAAGAAGCUGAAGGAUGUGCUGCAGGAGUUCCAUGGAGAUGGUGUGCUGGCUAAAUACAAUCCAGAGGAGAAGCAGGAGAUCCUCAGCCAGGAGAUCGACUUUGAGGGCUUCAAGGUCUUCAUGCAGACGUUCCUGGAGAGCGAACUCCCCGAAGAGUUCUGUCAACACCUCUUCAUGUCGUUUAGCAACAAGGGACCCAAACCCAGUCCCUCAUCCUCUGACAAACCCAGAGUCUCUGGGCUGAAGCUGAUCAAAGCCAACUCGACCCCUCUGAAGACGCCCGCGCUGCCCCGGCCUCUGGACACGGUGCAGCUGAAGGACAUCGUGUGUUACCUCUCGCUGCUGGAGGGCGGGCGUCCCGAGGACAAGCUGGAAUUUAUGUUUCGCCUCUAUGACACAGACGGAAACGGGUCUUUGGACAGCUCGGAGCUGGAGCACAUUAUCUCCCAGAUGAUGCACGUAGCCGAGUACCUGGAAUGGGACGUGACCGAACUGAAGCCGAUCCUUCAGGACAUGAUGCAGGAGAUCGACUACGAUCACGAUGGCACGGUGUCACUGGAGGAGUGGAUCCAGGGAGGCAUGACCACCAUCCCGCUGCUGGUCCUGCUGGGCCUGGAGACGAACGUCAAAGAUGACGGGCAGCACGUGUGGAGGCUGAAGCACUUCAACAAGCCGGCCUACUGUAACCUGUGUCUCAACAUGCUAAUUGGACUGGGGAAGCAGGGACUCUGCUGCUCAUUCUGCAAGUACACCGUCCACGAGCGCUGCGUGGCUCGCGCUCCGCCAUCUUGCAUCAAAACCUAUGUCAAGUCCAAGAAAAACACAGAGGUAAUGCAUCAUUUCUGGGUGGAAGGGAACUGCCCCACCAAGUGUGACAAGUGUCACAAAACCGUUAAGUGUUACCAGGGCCUGACUGGGCUCCACUGUGUGUGGUGUCAAAUCACGCUCCAUAACAAGUGUGCCUCCCAUGUGAAACCCGAGUGUGACUGCGGACCCCUGAAGGAUCACAUCCUGCCCCCCAACUCAAUCUGCCCCAUCAUCCUGGAAAGGCAGUCCACGCUGAGGAAAGACUCUCGGUGCAGCCAGUCGAGCCGAGGGAAGAUGCAGAGAGCGAACUCGGUCACGGUGGACGGCCAGGGACUGCAGAUCACAACAAUAGAGGGCACUCAUCCUCUGCUAGUGUUUGUCAAUCCGAAGAGCGGGGGGAAGCAGGGAGAGAGGAUUUACAGAAAGUUCCAGUACCUCCUCAACCCGAGACAAGUGUACAACCUGGCCAAGAAUGGACCCAUGCCGGGGCUGAACUUCUUCAGAGACGUUCCUGAUUUCAGAGUGUUGGCCUGCGGCGGGGACGGCACCGUCGGCUGGAUCCUGGACUUCAUAGAUAAGGCCAACCUGGACAGGAACCCCCCCGUGUGCAUACUUCCUCUUGGCACGGGCAACGACCUGGCAAGAUGUCUCCGCUGGGGAGGAGGCUACGAGGGCGAGAGCCUGCUGAAGAUAAUGCGGGACAUCGAGAACAGUUCGGAAGUGAUGCUGGAUCGCUGGAAGAUUGACGUCACGCCCACAGACAAGGACGAGCGAGGGGACCCGGUGCCGUACAGCAUCGUGAACAACUACUUCUCCAUCGGAGUGGACGCCUCCAUCGCACAUCGCUUCCACGUUAUGAGGGAGAAGCAUCCUGAGAAGUUUAACAGCAGAACAAAGAAUAAGCUGUGGUACUUUGAGUUCGGCACUUCGGAGACCUUUUCGGCCACAUGUAAGAAGCUCCACGACUUUCUGGAGGUUGAGUGUGAUGGCGUUACUCUGGACCUCAGCAGCAUCUCCUUGGAAGGCAUCGCCAUCCUCAACAUUCCCAGCAUGCACGGCGGCUCCAACCUUUGGGGCGAGAGCAAGAAGAGGAGGGGUAACCGCAAGGGUGGAAAGAAGGGCCAGGACAAGAGGACACCGGUGCUCGACCCCAAAGAGCUCAUGUUUGCAGUUCAAGACUUGUCUGACCAGCUGCUGGAGGUGGUGGGGCUGGAAGGAGCCAUGGAGAUGGGGCAGAUCUACACCGGACUGAAGAGCGCCGGACGACGCCUGGCACAGUGCUCCUCCGUAACCAUCAGAACCAGUAAAUCUCUUCCGAUGCAGAUUGAUGGGGAACCUUGGAUGCAGACUCCCUGCACUAUUGAGAUCGUCCACAAGAACCAGGCUCCGAUGUUGAUGGGACCGCCACAAGGCCGAAGUUUCUUCUCUUCCAUCGUCAGAAGAACGCGCACCGAGAGCAAAGACUGAUCUUCGAUGGCUCAGGAUCUUUCGAGUCCUCACGAGUACACCUGCAGAGCAGCGGUCACAAGUUGAUCAUCACUUCAGCCCGUUAGUGAAGGGGGGUCUUUGACACCUGUUUGAUAGCCCAGCGGUACAGUAGCAAACUGUAGGUUCAGUAUGUAUCGCCUGCAGCAUGGAGACGUCACUGAGGAGUCCUCAAUUAAUCCGAAAUGAGGUGCGCUUAGAUCUGACGCUUUGGUCUACGGUGUGUCGUGUAGUUUAGCUCCAAAAAUACUGAAGCUAUUUGGGGAAGUCCAAUUUUAUAAAAGUCUGUUUUUAAUUUUUGCUGUUGUGAUCUGUGCCAUGUGGGAAAAAACCCCACAGAUGAAUGUGUUUUGUGAUAUGAUGUAUUUAUUUAUUUAUUUAUAUUUUGCUGCUAUUAAUGUUUUUUAACAGUUUUUUGCAUUUGCAUACCCCCGAUGCAUGAUGGACAGUGAACGAGACAUAUCUGUUGGAGUUUGCAGCUGAUCUUUCCCAAGUGUUUCGUAAGAAGUGAAGUUUCUUGGCUCAGCAUUUUCUUCAAAGAUUUUCUCAUGAAUGGCUUCAAGUAGUGUAAAAUCAGAGAAUCACUUUUGCUUUCUUUUAAUGGUUCCUGCAAGUCAUCCUUGUCAUGUUUUUUGAUCUGCUGUGUUGCUGCUCCGUCAGUGAAAAGAUUAGGAAUGAUUAUUGAUCGUCAUAAAAAAUGCAUGACACUCUUUGUUUCACGUCGCACGAGAGAUUUCCAGACAGUUUUACCAAUUGUGUGCACACUUUCUGUCGCAUGAGUGACCGGGAUCAGUUUUGAUACUUGUGGAAAUUGAUCAUUUUUUGCUUUUUUAAAAAUUUACAUCUACAGUGCCGCUCAGUUUUAAUCAUAUCAUAUUUUAUCUAUAAAAUGGCUGCAUUUUUAUGAGAUCCUAUGCUUUUCUGAACAGGUGCUCAGGUACUUUUAAAGUGGACAAACAGUAAAAAAGACAACAGAAAAGACUGUAGUGUUCAAUCAGGCCGUGUGUUGACUGUACAGUUGGAUACGUACAAAAAGCAGUUUGACCUCCUCUGGUCAUUGAUUUGCUCUGACAUUACUGUUGAGUGUUUACAGUCUGCUGCGCAUACAAGCGUACAUUAACCAAUUAAAGUCUAAAUACAAAAUGACUAUUGACAUAUAUUGUACAAGCUUGAUUUAAAGAAUCAAUACUGAAAAUCAAUCCCAUCCGAUGAUGACAGUUUUCAGAGGCAUUUUACAUGCGCACGUGCUGCCUAUAAAAUAAUUCAUAGUCAACCUUUGAAAGUUUUUCUUUCAUUUUAAAUUGUUUAUUUCAUACAGUACCAGUCAAAAGUUUGGACACACCUUCAAUUCAAUGUUUCUUCUUAAUGUUUAUUACUUCCUACAUUGUUGAAGAUAUCAAAACUAUGAAAUAACACAUAUGGAAUUAUGUGGUAAACAAAACUUUGAUGACAGCUUUGCACAUUCUUGGUAUUCAGCUUCAUGAGGUCGUCACUUGGAAUGGUUUUCCAACCGUCUUGAAGAAGU